AAAUUAAUUCGUUUCAAUUAAUUUUAUAUAUCGUUUUAAUCAACAUAGAUAAAGUCCAGUGAUUUUCAUAGCAUUGGGCGUAAUUCGAAGACGCGUUUCGAAUAAAUUACGAUUUCUAAGAAGUAGAUAGCCUCGAGAAAUUGUUAGCGCUUACGUUAAAAGUUUCACGGACGCGUCGUCGUAGUUGUUAAAUGUUACUCAUAGUAUAUCUUUACGUAUAAGAUAUUACCUUUACUUAUUUCAAAUAUCAUCCGAUAAUGAAGCUUUUUUUAUUUAUCAUUUAACGCGUCAAAUCAAUAUUAUUAUAUCGUAGACGAUCAACGUGAAAUUUUAUUUUCCCGGAAUAUGAUGAUUAUUGUUGCAUCUUCGAAAUACCGACAGAGGGAAUCUUAUUUCAAAUCAUACGUACGUACUACUCUAUGCACGAACAUAUUGUCAUAAUAAGAAUAACAGUAGGACGUCAAGGUUAUGUUAUGCUUCAUCACUUUUUUUAAAUUCUUUUUUUAAUUUUAUUUUAUUUUAUUUUCUUCUUUUUAAAGUGAAUGUUUAGGCAUCUGAUAUUGUGUUGCAUUUAUUGUCAUGUAUGUGUAUUGUUUAUAUUGAUUGUAUUUCUUUUUAUAAAUUCAACUAAAGUAUUUCAUUUGAUCAUUUAUUAUAUUCCGUUGAGUUAUGGUUAAAAUAAGCUUUAGAAUUUUAUCUGUGUUUAAGGAAAACAAAAAAAAGAAAUGGCCUUGGUUAAUUGUAUAUUUCAUCUGUGUUUACAUUCAAUAUGAAUAAUCAAUGGGAGAACGUGUCAACGUCAGUUAAUACUAUUUUUACACUUUACAACUACGUGUUUUUUUUUGUUUCUUUCUUCUUUUAUUAAGUCAAAUCUUUUCUUUCAAAUGGUUAUUUCAAAAAUGUAAUUUUCUUUGUAUUUAUGAUGUGUGUCAAUUGUUAUCUAUUGUCAUUUAUUUUGAAUUAACGAAAUAUCUAUUUUUAUUCAUUAUUAAUCAUGCUUUGAUUUGCUUUUGAGUGUGUGAAUAAUGCAAAAGGUAGAUACUAAAGUUUAUCAUUUUUUCAGGUAUUGAAAAUGAAAAGUGGAUGAAACAUUUAAAAUAUAUUUUGUCUUUUCUUUUUUUUCACAUAUUUAUAUAUUGAAUAUAAAAUAUAGCAAAAGAGUGAACAAAAUAAAUAAAUCAUGGAUAAGGUACAAAGUGCUACUUAUAUUGGGGUAGAUUCCCAUUUAUUAGAUUAUUGGGAAGAAUAUCAGAAAAUGAUUGAGGAAACUAAAAUGUUAGAUGAUUAUCUUGAUGAAGAAUGUCCACGAACUUAUGAUGAUGGUGAAGAAGAAGCAGAAUGGCUUCGAGCUGCAGGAUUAGGAGAAUUAACAGAAGCAUGGAAAGCAGGUAGAGAAGUUCAACCAGAAGAAUUAGGAGCUGCUUUACGUCCUCUUUCAAGAGCUCAAGCAGAAGCUGUAAAAAGAAGAGUUAAAUCUCUCAAUCAUACUGUUAAACAACGUUUCAAUCAAAGACAACGUGUAAGGAAACCAGAUAUUAGGGAUGUGUUCAAAGAUGUAGAGAUUUCCAGUACAGGUACAAGAUCAAGAAGUGCUACACCUGAUUCGUUAGAUUCUAUUCUGGGUGAAACUCCAGAAAGUGCUUCACCUCCUUCACAACCAUCGAUAACUGUAAUUGAUCAUCAAACAAGUGGUAACAUUCCCAGUUUUGUAUCAAUAUUUCAUCGUUCUUCAAAUGAAGGAAAGGAGACUGUUAGAAGAACACCAAGUGCACCAUCAACGAAUGCAAAUGCUGUGACAAAUGCUUCUGUUCAUGUUCAAGAAAUCUUUAGACGUACUGGUCACUCUUCUAAAGGAGAUGUUGCUAAUGAUUCUGAAGGUAUUCAACUGACUGGCUAUCACAGAUUAGGAACAAUACAUCUUUCUAGACCACCUAUUCAGAAACGUAGUGGUAGCGAUCCUAGUGAAGUAGCAAAUACAGAAAAUUUAGAUAUUGAAAAUAUCGGAAAAUUAACAGUUUCUAAAGAUUCGACAUUGCGAAGAGCUUCAGGCAGCCAUGCAACUGUUUCUAGGAGUCAUAGUAGUUUAUAUGGUUUAUCACCUUCUAAAGAUGAGAAUUUAUUAUCUCAUCCAUUGAACCGUACUUCUUCACAUGGUCAUUUGAGUUUUGAACAAAUGUGCAGGACAAAUGAAAACAAGUCACAAGUAUGGGUGACAGAAAAUCUUCCAAUUGAUGAUGGUUUUCCUCGACAACGUAUAGAAUCGUUAUCUCAACGUGAUUUUACACGAUUGCAACCACUCUUGUGGCUUGAACUCACCGCAGUUUUUGAUAAAUAUAAUGUACCUCUUAAAAAGCGUAAACCAAACAAACGUAGGAGAAAAGCUGGUAAUUUAUUUGGUGUAUCGUUGUCAACUUUAUUACUCAGGGAUAGCCAGAUAACAAACGAAGAAAGUAACAUUCCUUUAGUAUUUCAAAAAGUACUCAACGAAUUGUCCAAGCGUGGAGUUAAGGAAGAAGGCAUUCUUAGAGUUGGUGGUCAUAAACAGAAGGUUGAGCUAAUAUGUACAGAAUUAGAAACAGAUUUUUAUAGCAAGCCAAAGGAAAUCGAUAAGUUAUUUAAACGUAUACCAUGUCAUGAUUUGUCAGCUAUUCUUAAAAAAUUAUUACGUGACUUACCUCAACCACUUCUUACAGUGGAACUUAUGGAUGCUUUUUACCAAAUUCAUGAAAUAAAAAAUCCUAACGAUUUAUCAUAUUCAUUAAACUUAUUGGUGCUACUUCUACCAACGGAGCAUAAAUGCACAUUAAAAGCAUUGUUAACCUUUUUGAAAUUGGUUAUAGAUAAUCAGAAUUCGAAUAAGAUGUCAAUACAUAACGUGGCAAUGAUAGUAGCACCAUCACUAUUUCCACCACGUUACGUGCAUCCUAGUGAUCGUUCUGAUUUAAAUGCUCAAGUUAAUAUGGCUGCCAUAUGUUGUAGGGUUACAGAAUCAUUACUUAAUUAUUCGGAUAAAUUAUGGUAUGUACCAACUGCUCUACUAAGUCAGAUGCGCAGACAGUCCGAAGAAGAAAAAUAUCGCAAAUACAAAAAGAAGUAUUAUUAAGGACAAUGAUUGGCAGACUGAGUAUCAUACUGUUGUGUAUCAAUUUGUAGAAGAAGUAUAGGGAAGUAUAAUACCUUUGGUGCCUCUUAAUUUUUCUAAUAGGAUUUUUAGAUUACAUUUGUAUUUUUUGAUAGACUAAGCUGUAGUGAAAUACCAUUUGAAAGAGAGGGUGCUUUGAUGAAAUCCUUUUUGUCAAAAGGUUUUUUUUUUUUUUUGAUAUACCUCAUA